AUGUCAAAAUUCCCACCAGAUGUCACCGCCCUAUUUAAACCAGCUCCACCAUUAAAAUAUCUCAAGUCAACAGAUCAUCCAGUUCAUAAACGUCAAACUUACCCAAAGAUUGCAGAGUUAUCAUCAUAUCUAACAUAUUUAUCAGAUUACCAAUUGAAAUACCCUAAUGGUAGUAGAAACAAAUAUCUAGAAUAUCUAACACGUCAAUCAGAGAGACAGAAGAAGCAUCAAGAAAGACUCGAUGAAAAAUAUAAAGAAUGGGAUCCUCACAAUGAUCCACAUAUGAAAAACACAGAUCCAUAUUGCACUAUAUUUGUUGGUAGAUUGCCGUACGAUAUUAACGAGUUAGAAUUACAAAAAAUUUUUAGUAAAUACGGUAGUAUUGAUAGAAUACGAAUAGUUAGAGAGAAAGAAGCUAAAAUACAGAAUAAUUGUGGUGGUAAUGAUAAGAGUAGGAAAAAGAAAAAAUUGUCAAAAAAUGAAGAUACUAAUACGAAUAAUAAAUCCAGAGGAUACGGAUUUAUUGUAUUUAGCAAUCCAAUGAGUUCCAAGAAAUGCAUACGAGAGACGGGUGUCCGUAGAGGUAUUGUGAUUCAUGGGAGAAGAUGCAUAGUGGAUUAUGAAAGAGGAAGAACUAACAAAUAUUUUGUUCCUAGUAGAUUUGGUGGAGGUUUAGGAAACAGAGGAUAUAGUUUAGCAACACACACAGAUAAACAGUUAAUAUCCAAUGAUCAUAGAUACAGAGGUACUAACAAAUUCCAAUCUUCUCAUCCUAAAAGAAGUGGUUAUUACGAACAGAUACAUCAUACUUCUUCAGCUACUCAUCCUAGGACAUCUUUGUUCUCACAAUCUCAAAACUAUCAAAAUUCUACAUUACUAUCACAAACACAAACAAUCCCAUCUCAUUUAAUGGAUAUAAAUGACACAUCUGAACAACAGGUAUUGUCGUAUCGUUCUCGUGUAACAAGAACACAAAAGGAAACAUCAAAUAAAACUCAAGCAUCAUUAGAUUACUAA